AUGUACGCGCACGGGGAGGCGGACAUGCGCAAGCCGCAGGACCACCCCACCCCGGCGCCCGAGAAGUAUGUGGACCCGACCAAAGUGGUCGUGCCCUUUGCGACGUUCCCGGGGGCCAACGACGAAGAGAGGCAGACCGCGGCAUACAAGGCCGUGCUGGGCGUCGGCGCGUCCCACAUCCGUUUCAUGAUGCAGAAGACCGGUUGCCGCUUGCAGCUGCGCGGCGUGGGCUGCGGCGGCGCGGACAGCAAGGAGCCCCUGUACAUCCAGGUGCGCCCCGGCAUCGACGGCAAGGCGCCCACCGCGGAGCAGAUGGCCUUCGUCCGGAGGGUCGUCGACGAGAUCGUCAAGGACGGCAAGCCGUCCGACAUGGAGCCGCCGGCGAAGAAGCCGGCCGUUUCAGGCGCCGCGGAGGCGCGCCCCGCCGCCGGUGGCGCCGCCGCGGCGCCCGAGGGAAAGGAGGGGCCGCCCCCCAAGAAGGGCGCCGAGGGCGCGCAGGCGGCCGAAGGCCGCAGGGAGGAGGCCCAGGAGGCCGCGGCCGAGGCGCCGCCCAAGGCGGAGGCGGCAGGGGACCCCCCGGGCGGCGGCGCCGACGAGGCCGCCGAGGAGAAGAGGCGAGCAGCCGCGGAGCCCUGCGGCCUCGGCGCGGCGUGCCCGGACCUGGCCUGCGCCCUGAGGCACCCGAGGCUCCCGGGCCUCACGCCGCCCCCCGGCGAGAAGGCGAAGAUGAAGUUCUUCGUCGUCAGGUCGCGGUCGAUCGCCAACAUCCAGGUCUCCAUCCGCGCAGGCAUGUGGGCCACCACCAGGCAGAACACCCAGGUGCUGAAGGAGGCCUGGGAGAGGUCGGACCACGUGGUGCUCAUCUUCAGCGCCGGCAGCUCCGGCCACUUCCACGGGUACGGUCGCAUGACCUCCGCCCCUGACAGGGAUCUCAACUGCCAGUGGCGUGGCAUGUCCAGCAAGCUCGGCGACAAUUUUAAGGUGUCGUGGCUGAAGCAGUGCCUGCUGCCCUACUCGCAGACGGACGCCCUCAGGAGCGGCCCCGGCGGUCCGUUGAAGAGCAGCCGCGACGGCCAGGAGGUGCCCAGCGCGCUCGGCAGCGAGCUGGCCCGUCUGAUGUACCAGCAGCGGGACGAG